AUGAAAGCACUUUUGCUGGUUUACUGUGUAAUGAAAAUUCAUUGUUUUGGUUUGCUGUUAAGUUUCUUGGCGACGUGUUCCGUCGUUGGUGCCUUCGAAAAAGGCGACGUCGUUGUGCAGCACGACUUCGAAGGCAUUACUGCAUCGGAAAUGUGGAAUACAGAGCUGGGGCCAUUGGUACAGUUGGUCGCCAACGACAAAGGUGGACAAGCGCUACGUAUCGAACGCAAGCUUGAUACUGCCCCUUCAACAAUGGUCCGUAUCGAAUUGCCUGCUCAGUCGCUGCGCGGAUCAAAGAUUCGAAUCAAAGCAACUGUCAAAGCUGAAAAUAUCAGUGCACCGCCCAGCUCAUGGAAUGGAAUCAAAGUGAUGUUAAAUACGCAGGGGCCGAGCGGUAACAAUUGGCCGCAGCAGAAUCUUCCACAGGGCACCUUUUACUGGCGCGCGGCAAAUUAUGUGGCAAGUAUUCCCAAUGAUGCUGAAAGAGCUUUGAUCAUACUCGGUUUAGAAGCUGUAACCGGCACCGUAUGGUUCGAUGAUGUGAUAAUCACCAUCGAAAGCAAAGCUCGCCCGCGUCCACCUACGCCACCGACUGGACCGUAUUACAAAGGACAUAAUUCAUCACGCUUGCGUGGCGCAAUGAUCGGAGCUAAUCUUAAAGAAAAAGAUUUUCGUGAUCUAGCUGCUUGGAAAGCCAACCACGUGCGUUGGCAAUUGAUCUGGAAUGGGUUCCCUCACAGCCCGGCGGAUGAUGCUGAUGUUGCUGCUUACGAUGCAUGGUUAGAAAGCGCACUCAUACACCUUGAUUCGAUGCUGCCGCUGUGCCGCCAACUGGGUCUGCACAUUCUUCUCGACUUGCACACCCCUCCUGGUGGUCGCAAUCCGGAGAAACAAUGUCGAAUGUUUCAAGAAAAGCGCUUUCAGGACGCUUUUCUUAUGGCAUGGGAAAAGAUGGCACGUCGCUACAAAGACGAAUCAAUCAUCUGGGGCUAUGAUUUAGUCAAUGAACCGGUCGAUGAUAAUCUCAUGGAUGGUUUGAUGGACUGGCGUGAUCUAGCAAUCGUCGCCACCCAACGUAUUCGUGCCAUUGAUCCAGAUCACGCAAUUAUUAUCGAAGCAGCACCAUGGGGCGGACCAAACGCAUUAGCUGAUUUCGAGCCACUACCCAUUGAUAAAAUUGUUUAUUCAUUUCACAUGUAUGAACCUGGCGAGUUCACACAUCAGAACGUCUACGACGACGACGCUUCACCUAUUGCCUAUCCGGGAAAAAUUCGUGGAGACGUCUGGUGGGACAAAGAACAGUUACGUCGUGUGAUGCAGCCAGUCUUAGAAUGGCAACGUGAUUACAACGUCCAUAUUUAUGUUGGCGAAUUUUCUGCGAUUCGCUGGGCGCCUGGCGACAGUGCUCAUGCUUAUUUGAGGGAUCUGAUCGACCUUUUCGAAGAAAACGAGUGGGAUUGGGCAUAUCACGCAUUCCGCGAAUGGCCGGGAUGGAGUGUCGAACAUGUAGGCAACAAGACUCAUACUCAAGUCGCCACACAGCCUACUGACCGACAAUACCUGCUGAUGAACUGGUUUGCGAAGAACAAGCAAUAGAAUGGCAUAGGUUUGUUGUCGGCAAAAGAACAGACACUGGAUUGUUGAACUCGAAGUUUGCAUGCGUGAAGUUUUGAUAAGUUGUUAAGUGCUUUCAUUCAUAAAAGCCUAUGGUUAUUAGCGACCAAAACGUUUGAGGCACAGACUUGUUAAUUUUUCUCGAUUUAGACAGGUGGCUGUAUGUAUGUUUAUGACGUUUUGUCGAACCGAAUACUUUGUAUUUCUUGCACGCACAUUGAUUAUUUUUGCAACCACUCCGACAAACUCCGAUACUAUAACCGAACUACUAGGAAUAAAGAGCUCGCUUGACUCGCAUUUUGAAGAUGACACUCUGGAAUAUCAAUCCAUUAAAAAAAAUCAAUAUAAACCUGUUGAAAGCGUUUGAGAUACCUCCGAAUUUUCCAUAGAUCUUUAAAAACCUAUUUUAAAAGACUCUUUUGAAAACUUUUAUGUUUAUGUUAACAUGCUUCCCGGUUUCAUCUUUCGAAUGGCGAAAACUCAAAUUCGCUGGCUGCUUUCUAUCAAGAGUUAUUGAAAAAAUGGUAAAGUGUCUUCUAUUUCGAAAUGGAUAGUAGAUCUGGAAUGUAUCGAUGCAAAAUAUAGGUGAUGGAAGGAUGACGAAACAAGAGGACAAAAUUUAGAUAUUUUUUGAAUUAUUUUAUCCACAACCACAGUACUACUUCUAGCUAGAAAAAAAAGAAAGAAAGAAGAAGCAAGAAAAAAAUUAAUAUAAACCCGCUGAGAGCUUUUGAGAUACCUCCGAAUUUUCCACAGAUCUUUUAAGUAACCUACUUUAAAACACUCUUUUGAAAAAUUUACUGUUUAUGUAAACAUGUAAACGCUAUUUCUAGCUCGAAUAAUGUUACACAGAAAGAAUGUCAGAUGAUUUGUUUUAUGUGAAGAUAGUUUAAUGUUUAUCAGAAUAAUCUAAUGACAGAAAAGAGAAAAACACUGUCGAACACUAUUUUUACGUAAAUAAAAAGAAGAGAAAAGUCUUUUCUUUUUGAAUGAGUAUACGAGAACGCAAAGCAACGAAGAAAGAAAUAAAAAAGUUCCCGUGCCGGGGAUCGAAGUCAUUUCUACACAGACACAACCCGGGCCUUGACGGUGAGAGCGUCAAAUCCUAACCACUAGACCACGCGGGAUACCGAACCUAUGCAUUGCACAAAAGGAGAGGAGGAAAACAAGAGGAAAAGAUA